GUGAUAUAUAUUCCGCUGGAUCAUAUUCCGCUGGGUAAUAUUCCGCUGGAUUAUAUUCCGCUGGGUUAUAUUCCGCUGGAUUAUAUUCCGCUGGGUUAUAUUCCGCUGGAUUAUGUUCCGCUGGAUUAUAUUCCGCUGGAUUAUAUUCCGCUGGAUUAUACUCCGCUGGAUUAUAUUCCGCUGGAU